AUGGAAGAGUGUGAAAGUCUGGACUCUGAGAUGACGGAGCUGCAGGAGUUUCAAAGUGAGGCCAACAGCCAGGACGAUGAAGACGAGGUGGAGGAACUACAUAACAGCCUGCGAGAGGUCGUCCAAGACCAGUCAGUGAGGCCUAAACUCCAGUGCUUGAUGGUGGAUCCAUCAUUCUCCAUGGUAACCAUUCAGAGCGAGGACAGUGGGAUUGUUUGGGAAACGGCAUCUAGUCGCUGCUCUACGCCCUGGGCCUCUGAGACCAGCUCCACCUCUGAAGCCUACAGCAUGGAGGGAUCUGGAGCUGCAGGGAAGAUCACUAUCGUCUUCGAUGAGGAGAAAAUAGUCCGCAGGAGGACGAGGUCUGGAGGAAGGAGCAGACUGGGGGACCGGCUCAGUCGACCAGGGAGCUCGAGAUCGGCUUCAGCUCUGGGAGUGGAACGACCUGAGAUGGCAGAGGUGUCUCUUCCUAAUGUGAAACAGGAGAAACCCCCCACAGAGCCCGACUUGGAGGAAAUAAAAAACCAAGAUCAGCAGCUGUUUAGUUUGAUUUCAGAUGGUUAUGAGAUUCUUAACAUUAGGGUUCCUUCAAAACUUCCCACUGUGGAUGAGGAGGAGAGCACAGAGCUGCAGGACAAUCUGUCCUUUUUGGACCAGACUCCAAAGAUUCGGUCCAAAAACCAUCAUGACUGGACACAAAUACAGAAUCAUGUCCUGCCAGAGGACCGGGAAAUACAGGAUCACAAAGAGCCAACAGAUCAAGACACAUCUCAGUCCCCUACAGACACAGAGCUGAGUAAAACACCCACUCCAAAAGAGAGCACAGGCGACAUAGACUACUUUGAGAAGUUCACCCUGCUUGAUGCGGUGGUUCCUGAAGAUCAGGCUCCAGAGAUUCAGGAGGAGGCAGAACAACCUGCAGAGAAGUCCCAGGAAGUGGAGCCAAAACCUGAUAAAGAGAAUGCCACCGACAGACCCACUGCGUCAGAAGACUCUUUCGUCUUCGUUACAGAUGUGGAGAUAGUUGGGGAACACCUAGAUGAAGUCUUCUAUGGAGAGGGGGCCUCUCCUGAUGCAAUGCUGGGCAGAGAUGACGAGGAGGCAGAAUGUGGAGGAGGUAUGAGAAGGAGACGAGAGAGCCAGAGAUCUAUGAAGGAGAGUGGUUCAGUGUUGUUUGGGAGUCAAGAAACCAUCCUCACUCCUAUCUUUAUCUCACCCGGGCCCCCUAAGAUCAUCGACCAAAUCUUGUUGGAUGAGCCAACCGCCAUGUCCUUUAUGUACUCGGACCUUUACGAGGAUGCUGUUGGCGAGAGGAGGAAGAGCGAUGCGGAACACUCAGAGGCAGAGAGCAUAGCAUCUGAGAAGUCUUAUAAGAGGCGUUUUUCGGACUCAGAGGAGACUGAGGGGUACCUGGAAAAGUUUACUUUGAAGGACGAAAUUCCCAGUGUGGAGGAUCAACCAGAGUCAGUAGAGGAUAAGAGAGAAGGGAGGAGGAUGUGGUCACAGAAUAUGUUUGAGAUGACCGGAUGUCUGACAAGAGUGCAAAAGGAAGUAAGUAAGUCAAAGACAGAGGAACCAGAGACACAGCAGGAGGUCAUUGUUGAAGACUUGCAGUUAGAAGCAAUGAUACAGAAAAGAGAAAUAUUUACAGAAACAGCAAAGGUAAGAGAGAAAAUAAUACUGACUGAUGAGGAGUCUGUUAAAGAAAUCUCAGAAGAAUCUGUUCAGGAGUCUAAACCAACAGAGGAUCAGAUAAAGGUUCAGGAAGUGGAACAUGAUCUCACUGAACCUCCUGAAAGCAGCACAGAUGAACCACUUCCUGGAGCUCAAAAGGUGGACAGUGAAGCUGAGGAAACAGAGGAGAGUGACGAGCAUCUUAGGGAUGAAACAACUUCUGAACCAGUUAUUGAAACUGAGCUGCAGGCACAAGAAGUGGCAGAAAAAGUAACUGAGGUUGACUUAAAUGCUUCAGAAGAGACAACAGCUGUACACACUGAGGUUCCUCCCACCAUCACCGAAUCUAAAAUACCAACAGAAAGCACUGAGAAGAGUUUGUCUGAAGAGGCAGCUACUGACUCUAAAAUGGUGGCCACUGAAGAGAAAGUAGUAGCUGAGGCUGAGAGUGAAAUACAGGAAAACUUACUCACUCCUACUGAAAUAGACACAUCAGCUGAAACGUCCAUGCUUGAGGAAAAAGAUACUGCAGAAGACGUUGCACCUGUUGAAGUUACCACUGACUGUGAUUCUGCUAUGCACGCAACAGUGGAGGUUAUAGAAAAAGAGGUCGCUGAAAAAGAGAUUCAAACCCAAGUUCAGAUUGAUCUUCAGGAGGUAAAAAGUGUGGAGACGACAGUUGCAGCACAAGAAGAACAGGAAGCUGAAACAAAGGAAGCUGCAGGAGUUAUUACUGAAGCUGAGCAGGAAUCAGAGGUUAAAACGGAGAUUUCAGGUGAACCAGAAGAAAUAAAGACAGAUUCAGAUAAGAAACAGGAGAAGAUCUGUGAAUCAGAGCAGCAUCAGCAAGAAGAGAAACCAGGAACAGACGGUGAAUCAGACAAAACAAAGCUGAUGGUUGAGGCCAAAGAAGAAAGACCCAAAGAGGACUCUGGGACAGUACAGGAGAUGGUGAACGAUGAUGAUGAGUUGAUCGUCCUUGUACCCAAAGGACAAGCUGUAGAGAUGGACAUAGAGAUCAGUCAAUCAGAGAUGACUAUUGGCAAUACAGCAGCUCUCUCUGAACCAGGCAGCACAUGUGAACAACUCACAUCAGCUGAAUCCAUCAGAGUCAGUCCAGAAAUUCUUCAGGCAACACCUGAGGAAACAAUGACAGAGUCCCAGCAGGGAUUCAAAUCAGAAGUUAUUUUAAAGGAUGAAGUUUUACCUGGAAAUGAGUUUGAUGAUAGGUACUCUCCUCCAGAACCUUUGGACUUUGUUGAAGAAGACGAGGGCGUCUUUUCACCUUUGAGGAGCUUCACUCCUCAGGAGGAUUUGUCUGGUGUACACCGAGAGGAUCCGCAAUCAGAGCAACCAGAGGUUGGACAAAGUGAAGACAUACACAAGGUGGAGGAUGUCCCAGAAACUAAUAUUGUUAUAGAGGAUUUGAGUCUAGAGAUUGAUCUUCAAAGAGAGGAGGAAGGGCAAAAGGUGGAACAAGAUGAGGCAGUCAUAGUGGAAGCUCCAGAGGUGAGUGUGGAGGAGUUUGAAUAUGAGAUGAUAUCUGAACAGGAUGCAAAAGACAUGCCACAACCAGAAACACAGAGAGAUGUAGAGGAACCGAAAUCUGAGUCAGGGCAUGAGAGAGAGGAGAGGUUGGAUCUUCACAUGGAGGUGGAGAUGGACAAGAAAGAGGAAGUGUUUGAUGUCUCCCCAGAAGAAGAGCUCAUUGAGGCGGAUUAUGACAUCAUCGAUGCAGAAGAGGAGAGACAGGCCCGACUUGCGGCUGAGCUGCAGGGGAUGGACUGGUUCUGUCUGACCUGUGGAUGUCUGCUGUCAGAGGACGGCUCUUCAUCUGGAGAGCAUUACAACCACAAGGUGACUGCUGCUGACCAAGCCUACGAAGAAAUUAAGGAGAAGCUGGGUGAUUGGAUCUCAGAGCUGCAGGGCAGGUCAGAGAACAUCGAGGACCUGGUUUCCGAGCUUGAACUGGGCUACAACUCUGUGGAGGACCAGUUUGUGGAGUGUGAGGCUGCGAUGCAGGUGCAGAAUGACGAGAUGAUGGCUCUGGUGAUGGAGCAGUACAACAACAUGUCCGUCAGCAUGGAGGAGGAGAAGAAGGCCAAGCUGGAGCAGCUGUAUGACCAGAUCGUCUCCUUCCAGGAGAGCAUUGACUCUGCCAAAGUCACUCUUGACACCACGACUAGGGAAGCUGAGACUGACGCACGGUCACCUGAAGACAUUCACUUGAGGCUAAAGGCAGCUCUGGACUCUGCCAUGUCACUGGAGCUGGGUCCCCGGGGACUGCUUGUGUUCGAGGACUAUGCCAAGGGCAACACUUCCAGCUCUAACCUUGCACAGCGCAAGGGAAUCCCAGUUCCUCAGAGGCCCACACUGCAGCCUCAGGAGACUGGCUCAGCCUCUAGCACCAGUGUCACUGUUUACUGGAAAGUAAACGCAGGAGACAUUAUUGACUGCUUUCAGGUCUACUGCAUGGAGGAUCCACAGGGAGCUGUGUCGGAGGAGUACCGUGUCACAGUGAAGGAGAGUUACUGUGUCCUGGAGGAGCUGGAGCCUGACAAGACCUACAAAGUGUGGGUGAUGGCUGUCAACUACACAGGUUGCUCUCUGCCCAGUGAGAGACUUCCCUUCAGAACCGCUCCAUCAGUGCCGGUGAUCGACACAGAGCGAUGCACUGUCCUUUGGGAUUCGGCCACUCUGCGAUGGAGCUCAACACAACAGACUGCAGAGCAAAGUUUCACCUUGGAGUACUGCCGUCAGUAUGAACUUGAGGGAGAGGGGCUGAGGACGAUCUCAGGUAUCCAAAGCUGUGAACAGCGGGUUCUCCUGCAGCCCAAUGAAAAUUAUCUUUUUUACAUCAAAGCUGUAAAUGAAUCUGGAGCCAGCGAGCAGAGCGAGGCCGCACUCAUUUCCACCAAAGGAACAAAGUUCUGCCUGCUGAAAGCCACAGCUCACCCCGCUCUGGAGCUGUCAGUAGACGAGACUACUGUUCACUUAUCUCAGGGCACACCUGGAAACACAACAUCUUCAGACAAACUGUGUCCCUCCAUCCUGGGUGAGCUGUUGCCUUGCAAAGGUCGAUACUACUGGGAGACCGUUGUGUCAGGGAGCACAGCUUACAGGCUUGGGGUUGUGUACAGCUCAGCCAAUAGAAACAGCCUGCUGGGGGAGAACAGCCUGUCAUGGUGUUUGCAGUGUAUCCCUACACCAUCAGGCUGCAGGUAUCAGUUGCUCCACAAUGACGCUCAGUCCAGUGUGUUCGUGAACUACAUGCCUGAUCGGGUGGGUACCCUCCUGGAUUUCCAGCUCUGUCGUCUUUCUUUCUACAACGCCCAAACCGGUCAGUUGUUAGGAGCUUUCUGCCAGCACUUCACCCAGCCGUGCCACCCUGCUCUGGCCCUGGAGAUGCCGGGUCGCCUGGAGGUCAGUAUGGUGCCGGAGGUUCCAGAGUUUACAAAUGACAGUUAGCUCUGCUACCAGCCUCACCAACACUGAGGAGUUUACAGUUCAUGAUGGACACAUGUUGAUUUGAAUGAUCUUAAAAUAAAUGCAUUACAGAGAAAAGUGCAGACAUGACAGAAUGUAAAAUAAACUGAUGUUCACAGUAAGGGUAUAAAUCAUAUUUGAUCCCAGUCUUCUGAAGUCAAAGUCCUCAUUCAUGGGUUUGUGUUUUUUUUGUGAGCUAACACAAUAUGAAAGUUUCCCUCUAUUCAAUUUUUAUUUUGAUAUUUAAAAAAAAAAAACACUGAAGAUGAAUGAUGAUGGUGUGAAAUGAACUUUAUGCUGAUGUGAGCUCUUAGUAGUUUGGUACUUUCAUGUUAAUGUUCUAAAUUGAACUCUAGUCAUCUUUCUCUUCUUUGUUUAAAGCAUUUCUUGUUGUUAUUUUGGGAAAAGACCUCGACUGUACAGUGGUCAAAAACACUAACUGUGUCACUAUUGAGACAAAAAAAAAGUCAAGGCCUCUUUUUAGUAAAAGUUUAAAACUAGGUUUAUGGCUCCAACAAGAACUUUGUAGCACUUUGAACUGUGUUUCAUAUUGUUAAAUUGUGUAAAUACCUUUUUUUAAAGAUGUGAUCAAUAACAUGUUUUAUUUAACUUACAGAAAGUGCAGAUCAUUAGUUUUCCUUGCCCUGCCUUGUUAACUUAUUUUAUGUCUAAACUAUAUCAACUUGUGUAUUUUUCUAUAACAACAACUGGAUUGAUCAGUUUCUUUUGUCUCAGCGCUCUGACUUACAUUCACCACUAGAGGGCCUCAGUACUCUGUAAGUUGUUAUGUUGGCUCCAGUAAUGUAUUUAAUCAUUUUCCUUCAACAAACACCUUUUUUUCUACUGAAAUAAUAUCUAUGCCAUGGUUUCUACUUCUCUUUAAGCAGCUUAGAGUAAAAUAAAAAAGAUCUUUAGCCUCAUCACUGCAUCCAAGUUUUUAUAAACUAAAAACCACCAACAUUGUCUCGUAUGUAUAACCAAAGUUUUCUGAUGUGUUCAUUAUCCAUUAGAGAUCUAGUCCAUGUUUCCUUCAUUGACCUUUUCACUUACUGGUAUGUAAAAUAAUGUAAAUGAUUGUUAUCAAAUAAAUUAAAA